GAGAAGAGCUCUAUCCAAAUAUCUUUAUUUUGUGUUCUUCUAUCCAGAUACUCACUCGUGCGACGUGUAUCGCACCAUAACACUUCUUGACUUUCAACCAUAAUUCCUAUCGGCCUUACAGAAUCAAACUUUUUGAUCACUUGACAGCCAUGCCUCAAUCCUUAUCGUCCUCUAUGCAAGGCUACUAUGGAUCGGAGAAAAUUGUCGAUGAAACCAAGUCACAUGUUCCUGCUGCUACCAAGCAACAAAGACCUCCACCUCCACCUCCACCUUCAUACAACCUUCGCCAAUUCGAAUCCGUCAACGAGGCACCUCCAUUGGCCUUCCGGAAGCCAAUCCCGGUCGCCGAACGUAUUGUCAGCGCGAAAGAUGCCAUCAAGGAUUUUGAUGGAAAGAUGAAUAAAGGCUAGACGGCUCUUUUCCAAGAGAUUCAAAUAAGGGCAAGGCUGGUGCAACAUCUUGUCAUACGUUACUAGCUCACCUGAUCUCCUGACGCGUCAUUUUCUCGAGACUAAGAAAUCGUUCUA